UGGACAGAAUCUGCCCACAUCAGCUUAGAUAGACUUACACUUCCCCUGUCCGUAAGCAGUUUCCUCUGCAGUCCGCACCUUCGCACCCUUUCCCUUCCUACUUCCUACAAUAACCUGCAAAAAACUACCACAAUCAUGGCUGCUGCUGCUGCUGCUGCUGCUGCGACCGUAGCCUCAUCUUUCUCUCCAUCCAUUCACAAUCGCAAAUGCUCCAAUUCUAAGCAUUUUCUAUCCGAUUCUCUCCUUAAACUUCCUUCAACUACUCGACUCGCUAUUACUGCAUCUUCCAUCUCUCGCUCUUAUGCUAUAGAACCCAUUUCAUCGCUUGUUGCAGUUUCGUGGCGUGUGCCAAGAGUAUCCGCUGCUGUUGCUCAAGAGGAGGCUGCAGCAACUGCUGCUGUGGAAGAGGAGGAGGCUGCAGCAACCGCUGCUGUGGAAGAGGAGAAGGCUGCACCAACCGCUGCUGUGGAAGAGGAGGCGCAGCAGCAACAAGUAGCAGGAGAAGGUGAAGGAGAAGCGGAAAUUCCUUUGAACACUAAACUUUACUUUGGGAAUUUGCCUUACAAUGUUGACAGUGCACAGCUUGCUGGUAUUAUUCAAGAAUAUGGUGCUCCUGAAUUGGUUGAGGUUCUUUAUGAUCGGGACACCGGAAGAAGUAGAGGUUUUGCUUUCGUGACAAUGAGCAGCGUUGAAGAUUGUAAUAGAGUUAUUGAAAAUCUUGAUGGAAGUCAAUACAUGGGUAGAAUCUUGAGAGUGAACUUUGCAGACAAACCUAAACCAAAAGAACCUUUAUACCCAGAAACAGAACACAAGCUUUUUGUUGGGAAUUUAUCAUGGUCGGUAACAUCAGAAAGUUUGACUCGAGCUUUUCAAGAAUAUGGAACUGUAGUUGGAGCUAGAGUUCUUUAUGAUGGGGAGACUGGAAGGUCGCGAGGCUAUGGCUUUGUAUGCUACUCAACAAGAUCGGAAAUGGAAAAUGCCAUUGAAUCUCUUAAUGGAGUGGAACUCGAGGGGAGAGCAAUGCGUGUAAGUUUAGCUCAAGGCAAAAAGUCAUAAAAAUGCUGAUUUCAAGAUCAACAAUAAGAUUAAUUUCUAAAGAAAUGGAAGGAAAAUGCAAUCUCAGUCUGCAAGUUGAAACUAAUAACCCGUCAUUUCUAAUCAAUUCUGUACACAGUCCUUGUUUUCUUAUCCUUUUAUGAGCGGAACUUUUUAUGAAAAUUCUGUAGUUAUUUCUUUAAGCAAAUAAAUAUGCUAUAAUAUGAAAUUUUUUCAUUGUAAAUUUUUAAUGGCAUUAGUUAUUAAUUCUGUAGAGGAAACCUGUUUAGUUUUGAUGAUUGGCGAGGAAUUAUUUGUCAAUAAUUUUUUUAUAAAAUGUCAUAAUUUAUUUAUUUA